AUGACUGAGCUUUUGCAGGUGUCUCGGAGAGAAAUGGCUGAAGGAAAGGAGGUCAGCAUCAUGUCCGUGGAGCAAGCGAUUCAGAGAGAAUUGGCAUAUAGGAAAAAGAUUGCUUACUUCUUGUCUGAGGCAGAAUUUGCAGAACUGUUACCUUUGGAGGUGCCAUCUUCGUCUAAAGCUACAAUUCCAGAGCCAAAUGUCUCACAAUUUCUCAGGCAGAGUUUGAGGUCACCUACCAUAGCACGGCCUACAUCAAACCCCAGUUCAAGCCUCACCAGUGCAGCAGCAAAUGAUUUGACAUCUUCGGGUCCUAAUCUUAAGCAAUCACCAGUACGAUGGAGCAUUCAGCCACUAACUGCAACAGAUUUAUCUUUAAAGCACAAUGCUAUGCCUAGCAAAGAUGGUGAUGUGAUCGAUUGUGUACAUAUCUAUCAUCAACCAGCAUUUGAUCAUCCUUUACUCAAAGACCAUGUCAUUCAGAUGAGACCGAAACAUCAACCAGAAGGUCUGCUUGCUGAGAACAGACAGUUGAACCGUAGGAAAUCAAUCACUCAGUUAUGGCAAUCGAGCGGAAGCUGCCCCGAGGAAACCAUUCCCAUCAGAAGAACCAAACAGGCGGAUGCCUCAGGCGCAAGCUUUAUUCCGAGCAAUCUUCAUAAUAAGGGAGCUAAUACAGAACUCAUUGGCCAAGCUCCAACCCUGCAGUUUGUUGCUACACUUGUUGGAGGUGACCAGUAUCAUGGAGCAACAGCACACAUAAAUGUCUGGGAACCCCAAGUUCAACAAUCUAGUGACUUUAGCUCGUCUCAACUCUCGUUUACGGCAGGUUCUGAUGUAUCAAAUUUUGACAGCAUUCAAGCGGGUUGGCACAUCCAUAAUUCUCAAACCAUUGGAUGCUACAACUUGCUCUGCUCAGGCUUUGUCCAAACCAGCAAUGAAAUCGCACUGGGAGCCACCAUUUCCCCUCUCUCCACCUUCCACGGUGCCCAAUCUGGAAUCGAUGUUCUUAUAUUUAAGGAUCCAUCUCAAGAUGUUUGGUGGCUACAUUAUGAAGGCACGCCAAUUGGUUACUGGCCAAGUAAAUUGUUUGCGGACCUAGCAAACACUGCUUCAGCGAUCACAUGGGGUGGUUCUGUUUUAAGCUCAGAAUCUGAUGGGCAACAAACUACUACACAAAUGGGCAGUGGCCAUUUUCCUGAAGAAGGGUUUGGUGGGGCAAGUUAUAUGAGGGAUCUAUAUUUGGUGGAUGAAUCUUUGAAGUUAAAGCCCCUUGGUAACCCAACCACCUCCGCAAAGCAGCCAAAUUGCUAUAAUAUAACACUUGGAAGAAACGAAGGUUGGGGAGAUUUCAUUUUCUAUGGUGGACCUGGGAGAAAUCCUAAUUGCCCAUGA